UCCUUACGGGGCUGCGCCACCCUCGCCGCAUGGUGCGCCCGGAGGCUUUGGGCAGCAGGUGCCGCCCGCUGUGUCACAGUCCUUUGCUUAUGGACAACCCACGCCUGGACCCCCCGGCGCUUAUGGAAGUGGUCCUCCUAGUCCGUACGGAGCACCCGCUGGCAGUGAAGUGUAUCCCUCACAGGGUAUGCCACCACCCACACAGUCCAUGCCGCCACAAGCCUUCGAAAACCGAGCCCAGUCACCGUACGGGGCUCCACCCGGCGGUGCACCGGGAGGGUAUCCUCCCACAUCCCCGACCGGAUACCCACCAGCACAGGGGUCUGGCUAUCCUCCUGCUGGCAGCCCAUCGAUGUAUGGGCCACCUCAAGGUCAACCAGGACAUGGUGUGCCCCACUCACCUCAGCCAGGACACCCCGGUCCGUAUGCGGCUGCUGGUGUGACUGCAGGGGCAGCUGUAGCGGCAGUUGCUGCUAAGAAACAACGACCCACUAUCAAGGCACACACGCCCUUUGACCCGAAGGCCGAUGCUUUGGCGCUGAGAAAGGCCAUGAAGGGACUAGGUCUGUACCGUAGGAUUGCUGGUGUUCGGGGGGUUAUUAUGAGUGAUGAUAUAAUGAAUGUCGGUGAGAUAAGUUUUAAUCUGUAUAUUCUAGGGCCAUGGCGGGUCUGA